UUCAGCCCAAUACGGGCAUGGCCUGAUACACUCAUGCCUACUCGCCGCCGUGUUAAGUUGGUGCUUCCCGACGGCCACCGUCGUAAACGACAACUGUGCAAUCUGCAUCACCCAAUCCUCUAUCAUCCAAUGCAGCAGACACGCGUCAAAACCAUAACCAGACUCCAGCCUUAAAUAUCUCCCCUUCCCGCUCUCCCCUCGAAAAAUCUUUCCCUUCAUUUCCAUUCCACUCACAAGUCCCCCACAAGCUGCUCUCUUCUUCAUCCAUGCCCCUACUCGGCCCUUAGUUUCAUCGCUCUCCUCUAUCCAACGCACGACAAUGAGAGCUCUUCUCAUCUCCCUCCCCUCCGAUUUCCGAUCGGUCCCGAAGCAAAACCUCUCAAUUCACUCAAAAUUUCUAUGCUCCAAGGCGCCGGAAUUCCAGUUCCGCUUUCUUUCUGCAGGGCGCACCGGAAUUGGAUCCGUCGCCGUCCGGCGGAGAGGCGUUGGGAAGGUAUGGGCGGAGGUGAAGUCGGAGCCGUACGACGUCGCUGAUUCGAAGUCGGUGAAGUUAGAGGACGCCCUCGGCAGCGUCGUUUUCCGGCAGGACGGUGACGAUGGCGACGUCGUCGAUGGCUUGGACGGUGUCGCGGUUCCCUGGUGGGAAGAGUUUCCGAAGCGUUGGGUUAUUGUGAUCCUCUGUUUCUCCGCCUUUCUGCUCUGCAAUAUGGAUAGAGUAAGUAGUAAACAUGAGCAUUGCUAUACUUCCAAUGUCCCAAGAGUUCAACUGGAAUCCAGCAACUGUUGGCUUAAUACAAUCUUCUUUCUUCUGGGGCUACCUUCUCACUCAGCUCAGGUCGCUGGAGGUAUUUGGGCAGACACCGUUGGGGGAAAAGCAGUCUUGGGAUUUGGUGUGGUGUGGUGGUCUAUUGCCACUGCUCUAACACCCUUUGCUGCAAGGGUUGGUUUACCUUUCUUACUUGUGGUUCGUGCCUUCAUGGGUAUUGGCGAGGGUGUUGCCAUGCCUGCUAUGAAUAAUCUCCUAUCAAAAUGGGUUCCUGUAGGAGAGAGGAGUCGAUCAUUGGCCUUCGUUUAUAGUGGAAUGUACCUUGGAUCUGUAACUGGGCUGGCAUUUUCGCCUUUAUUGAUUCAUAAGUUUGGAUGGGCAUCUGUCUUCUACACCUUUGGUUCUCUAGGAACAGUUUGGUUUGCAGUUUGGCUAAACAAGGCACACAGUUCACCACUUGAAGAUCCUCAAUUGCGGUCUGCAGAAAAGAAGUUAAUUCUUAGCAGCAGCAGCAUAUCGAAGGAGCCUGUUAAAUCAAUACCUUGGAGAUUAAUCUUAUCAAAACCACCUGUGUGGGCCUUGAUAGUGUCUCAUUUCUGUCACAAUUGGGGAACAUUUAUUCUUCUCACAUGGAUGCCUACAUACUAUAACCAGGUCUUGAAAUUCAAUCUGACUGAAUCUGGGCUUUUCUGUGUGUUGCCCUGGCUUACAAUGGCAUUUUCUGCAAACCUUGGUGGAUGGAUUGCUGAUACACUGGUGAGCAGAGGCUUAUCUGUGACCACUGUUCGCAAGAUCAUGCAGAGCAUUGGAUUUCUAGGUCCUGCUUUUUUCUUGACUCAGUUGAGCCAUGUUGAUUCUCCUGCAAUGGCUGUUCUAUGCAUGUCUUGCAGUCAGGGGACUGAUGCAUUCUCACAGUCUGGUUUAUACUCAAAUCAUCAAGAUAUUGCUCCUCGUUAUUCCGGUGUAUUGCUUGGUCUAUCCAAUACCGCUGGAGUCCUGGCGGGUGUUUUCGGAACAGCUGCAACUGGUUACAUUUUGCAACAUGGUUCGUGGGACGAUGUCUUCAAGGUUUCAGUCGGGCUCUAUUUGGUUGGAACCGUGGUGUGGAAUCUGUUCUCAACCGGUGAGAAAAUAUUGGAUUAGGUCUUGUGAAUAGCAUUCAGCUCUGUUACCACGCGAAGCACCAAUCAACCAUACUUCCAAUCACCGGAGCCAGAAAUGGAGAAGGGAGUGGUAAACAAUUAGUCCCGACAAAUUCAAGCUCCUGUGUCUUGUUUGGAUUGAAGAGUUGCUGGAAUUUUUUAAACACCAAAGCUAGGUGCUGGAAAACAGAAUUAAGUUACACUGAGAAGGCUCAUGCUCUGCCUACUACUACAUUUCAGCAAGGGGAAGAACUAACAGCCAAAGCAGGAUCUUCUACACUUCAUAUUAAACACCAAUACACAGCGAUUUGAGACCGUUAAUUAGCGAAACAUCUUUUUCACAUCAGAGCUUGAACAUUGUAAUAUUCUAUUCUUUUGUGAAAGACCAAAAAAGGG